GAGCUGCGUCUCAAAUCUCUCGGAGCGGAUAAUCUCGCCCUGCAAAAAAAAAAAAAGUACACGGCACCGAAGACCGAGUUUCCCCGUCGAUAGUUCACCUCGUCGGCAACACACCAUGGCGGUGGUGCCUCUCAUGUUCCGCGACUGGUGGGACGACCUGGACCGGUCGCGGCUUCGCCUGCUGGACCGACACUUCGACGGCAUCCUGACAAGAGAUGACCCUCUCCUGUCGGAGCUGUCGAACCUGUCUCUGACGAAACCGCGAUCGCUCUUCGGCGCGCCCGGAUACUUCCGGCCCUGGAGGACCAUCUUCCCGACUUCCGGCGCGAGCACGAUCAAAUCGGACAAGGACACCUUCCAGGUAAUUUUGGAUGUUCAGCAAUUUUCACCGGAGGAGAUCACGGUGAAGACGGUCGGCGAGAACGUUAUAGUCGAGGCCAAGCACGAAGAGAAGCGAGACGAGCACGGCUUUAUCAGCAGGCACUUCGUCAGACGAUACGUCUUGCCCUCGUCCCACAACGUCGAGAACGUUACCUCGAGCCUGUCCUCGGAUGGUGUUUUAACUAUAACUGCACCCAAAAAGGCUCCAGAAUCCAACGAGACCGAGAGGAUUGUUAAUAUCGUGAGGACAGGAGUACCCGCCCCAAAAAGUGACGAAGAAAAAGUUAACGUGCAAGAAAUUACUGUUGAGCACCAAUAAGUAUUUAUGUUAAAAUGAGAUAAGAUUAUUUUAUAAUCGACGUGAAUAUGUAAAUUAUCUAAACUUUUUUCCUUUUCUUACAUUUUUAUUCUAGCAACCUGUACAUAUUCGUUAAAAUUCCCUUGUUCAAAAUAUAAUUCGUUUAUCAAACCAUA